CGCAUACUGACAUGUUUCUGUGCGCUGUUCAAUAAAAUCUUAAAAACUUUGAUUUCUACACGGUUUUUAGUAGAAAAUAACUUACGAUCAUCUAAAUAUCAUAGUGUUGAAGUGUAAAGUGUUAGUAUUAUAGUUUACAGUGCAGAAGUGUAAUAAUUGUUCAUGAGUAUGUUUUCCUCCAUCUAACUACCAUGUUUGAAACCAAGAAAUGGGUUUAUAAUUGGCCUAAAUCAGAGGCUGAGAUGAUUGAAACGAAAACAUGAAAUGAAAGAUGUCACAGCGAGAUUUUUCAGAGGUAGAGCCAACAGGCUCAGCGUCUUUGGGCGCGGCGUCGCGGGCUCUCUUCGUAGAGAAGGUGCGGGCUUCCAACGCGGCGUGCCAGGCCGGGGACUUCUCUACCGCCGUCGCGCUCUACACAGACGCGCUGACGUUGGAUCCCGCCAACCACAUACUGUAUAGCAACAGGUCAGCAGCGAGACUGAAACAGGGUCAGUUCGCAGCCGCCCUACAAGAUGCUACGCGGGCGCGAGAGCUGUGCCCGAAUUGGCCGAAAGCGUAUUACAGACAAGGUGUCGCGCUGCAAUGUCUCGGGCGUCACGGCGAAGCCCUGGCGGCGUUCAGCUCUGGUCUGGGCGUGGAGCCGUCGUCCCGGCAGCUGCUGGCGGCGCUGGUGGAGGCUUCGCUCAAGUCUCCGCUGCGGACCACCCUGGAGCCCACCUUCCGGCAGCUGGAGGCCAUGAAGCUGGACCAGUCGCCGUUCGUCUUGAUAUCUGUGGUUGGUCAAGAGUUGCUAGCGGCCGGCCAGUACCAAGCCGCGGUGUCCGUUCUGGAGGCUGCGCUGAGAAUUGGAUCCUGCUCCCUCAAGUUAAGGGGUUCCGUAUUCAGCGCAUUGUCCUCUGCCCACUGGGCGCUCAGUCAACUCGACGCGGCCAUCAACUAUAUGCAGCAAGACCUCGCGGUGGCCAAAUCCUUGGGAGACACGGCUGGGGAGUGCCGAGCCCAUGGUAACCUGGGCGCGGCAUACUUCAGCCAGGGGUCUUACAAGGAUGCGCUUACGGCACACCGAUAUCAGUUGGUCCUGGCUAUGAAGUGUAAGGACACCCAAGCCGCAGCGGCCGCUCUGACGUCAUUAGGGCACGUGUACACGGCCAUCGGAGAUUACCCUAACGCGCUGGCCAGUCACAAGCAGUGCGUGCAGCUCGUGAAGCAGAUGGGAGACAGACUACAAGAGGCGAGGGAGAUAGGCAAUGUUGGAGCUGUGUAUCUGGCGAUGGGGGAGUUCGAUUCGGCUGUGGACUGUCAUACGCAACACCUACGGCUGGCUAGAAGAUUGGGCGAUCAGGUAGAAGAAGCUAGGGCGUACUCAAAUCUAGGGUCAUCGUACCACUACCGGCGGAACUUCGCUCAGGCUAUAGCGUACCACGAGAACGUGCUGCGGAUAGCACAGAGCCUGGGCGACCGAGCUAUUGAGGCUAGGGCUCAUGCGGGAUUGGGGCACGCCGCCAGGUGUGCGGGCGACUAUGUCCAGGCGAAAAAAUGGCACGAGCGACAACUGGACGUCGCCCUAGCUGCCAGAGAUAAGGUCGGUGAAGGCAGAGCGUGCUCUAACCUGGGCAUAGUGUACCAGCUGUUAGGAGAACAUGAUGCCGCUCUCAAGCUACACCAGGCACAUCUGUCUAUAGCGAGACAACUGCAGGACAAAGCGGGCAUGGGUCGCGCGUACGGCAACAUCGGUAACGCGUACUCCGCCGCUGGGUUCUACGAGCAGGCCAUCAAGUACCACAAGCAGGAGCUCACCAUCUCCAAGGAGGUCCACGACAGGAGUUCGGAGGCGUCCACACACGGCAACUUGGCGGUGGCAUACCAGGCGCUAGGCGCUCAUGAUAUGGCGCUGUUCCAUUAUAGGGCUCAUUUAGGUAUUGCUCGUGAACUGAAAGACGCUGCCGGGGAGGCGUGCGCUCUCCUCAACCUGGGCAACUGUCUAUCCUCGCGCGGGGAGUUCGCCCAAGCGGUGCCUUACUACGAGCAGCACCUUAUGCUAUCGCAGGAGCUUGGUGAUGUGACCGCCGAGGCCAAGGCCUGCCACUUCCUGGGUUAUGCUCAUUACUGCUUGGGGAAUUACAAGGAAGCCGUCAGAUACUACGACCAAGAUCUAUCGUUAGCCAAAGACCUGCAGGACAAGAUGAACAUGGGCCGAGCGUACUGCAACCUCGGGCUGGCACAUCUCGCGCUCGGCAACUUGGAGACGGCUCUCGAGUGCCAGAAGUACUUCUUGGCUAUCGCACAUAUGACGCAGCACCUGCAGGGCAAGUUCAGGGCGCUGGGUAACAUUGGGGAUGUGCUGAUCAAGAUGAACGACGUGGAGGAGGCGGUGAAGAUGUACCAGCGACAGCUUGGGUUUGCGAGACAGGCCCGAGACAGAUCUCUUGAAGCGGCAGCAUGCGGCGCGCUCGGUCUAGCGAGGAGACUACAGAGAAGACUUGAUGCAGCCUUGGGACAUCAUACACAGGAAUUGACCCUAAGACAAGAAGCGGGCGACGCGGCGGGCGAGGCGCGGGCGCACUCACACCUCGGCGCCGUGCACAUGGCGCUGGGACACUACUCACACGCUGCUAGGUGCUACAGAGAGCAACUCGAGCGAGCACAGGAGCUCCAAGAUUGUGCGUUGGAGGCCCAAGCGUACGGCAACCUCGGUAUCGCCAAACUCAACAUGGGCCACUACGAGGAUGCUAUUGGAUAUUUAGAACAGCAACUAGCCAUCCUAGAGCGCGUGAACACUCCGACCUGCGCGCUGGACAAGGCGCGGGCGCUGGGCUCGCUCGGCGACUGCUACGACGCCCUGGGCGACCCCGACGAAGCCAUCAAAUACCACGAGCAGCAUCUAGCGGCUGCGCUCAAGCUGGACAAUAUAAGGGAACAGGAGAGAGCGUAUAGAGGAUUGGGGCUGAGUCACAAGUCGGUAGGCAACCUGCAGCAGGCGCUAGUGUGCCUGGAGAAGCGGCUGGUGGUGUCACACGAGCUGGGCUCGCCGGACGCGAAGGCGCAGGCGUACGGCGAGCUCGGCGCGCUGCACAUCGCGCUCAACAAUCUCGACCAGGCCGUCUCCUGUAUUGAGCACCAGAAGAAUAUUGCUAAGGAGCUGAAGAACCUAAUAAUGGAGGCGGAGGCGUGGCACGCGCUGGGGGAGGCGCAGCAGGCGCGGGGCGACCCCGCCGCCGCCGUCAGACACCAUCGCGCGGAGCUCGAGCUGGCGCAUAGACUGGGCCUGCCACAUCUACAGGCCCGAGCAUGUGGCGGUCUGGGCGCGGCGCACGCAGCGAUGGGCGCGCACGCUGAGGCGUCACGCUGGCACGAGUCGCGGCUGCGACACGCGACCGCGUCCGGUGACACGCGCGGUCGCGCGCACGCACUCGCUGAUCUCGGCCGCUCGCACUUGGCCAUGGGCGCGUGUGGUAGCGCGGUAUCCUACCUGCGACAGGCGCUAGCUGCCACUGAGGGGCUAGCUGAUCCAGAUGAAGAGGCUCGAGUACGUCACCGCCUGGGCUUCGCGCUGUGGGCGUCAGGGGAGCUGGAGGAGGCCAAGGAGCAGCUGUCCGGCGCGCUCACGGUGCUGGAGGCGGGCAACGAGCGGUACCGCGACAGGAAGGCGGCAGCACUCUACACCUCCACCAGACACGCGCUACAGAGGGUGCUUGUUGAGCUGGGUCAGCAUGGUGAGGCGCUGGUGGUGGCGGAGCGCGGUCGCUGGCGCGCGUUCGACGCCGCCACAGAGAAGACUGCUAGUGCACUCAACCAGGCCAACGUCGAGAUACACACGGCACAAAGCAGCAGCCGCACCUCGGAGGAGCACAAGGAGCGGGGCGAGCAGUGGAACCCCACCAGCAUGGAGCACAUCAUGGACGUGGUGAACAAGCACAAAGCGCCCGUGCUUUACUACAGCCUGGCUGCUGGACGACUGUAUGCCUGGCUCCUGCAACCGCAUAAAGGUAUAUUGCGGUUCCACGAGGAGUCUCUUCACGAGCAGGUGGAAGACGGCGACAACAGCCUGCCCGACCUCAGUCCAGAUGACCUACAGACUAAUACCAGUUGUGGCAAGCUGGAGCGGUGCAUCAGUGAGUGGUCGGCGUGGCUGAAGACGGCGGCCAAGCGGCGCACCGACAGCGAGGACCAGUGGGACGGAGACGACAGACCCAACACUGGGCUCGCUAGAAUUGUAACCCGCAACCACCUGCUGAACUCGUCCAACUACUCGCUGAGCUCGCUGUUCAGCGUGGGCUCUGUGGGCGGCUCCGUCGCCGGUUCUGUGGCCAGCUUGCAGGGAUCCACCAGGUCCAGUGUCCACGGACCCAAAAAGAAGCAGCCGUCAUGGCAGGGCCCGCCGUGUCUUAGCACAUUAUACCAGAUGUUGCUCGCGCCUUUUGAAGAUCUACUGCCGGUAUCUUGCAACAAUAAUCAUGCUUCCCACGGUCGUCGCGGUUGCGGCGGGCGUCGCGAGCUGGUGGUGGCGGUGGAGGGCGCGCUGUACGCGUGCCCCUGGGGCGCCCUGCGAGGCCCCACCGACCCCGAGCCCCUGUGCGAGCGGUACGCCCUGCGCGUCGAGCCGGCCUUGCGCCGCCCUAGGGGCACGCACGCGGUGCCGAGACAUAAACAAGCGGAACAUGGUACCGCCGGCGCCGGUGAGGCGAACACAGAGGGCGGGGUGCGGUGCACGGUGGUGGGCGGGGCGCGGGCGGGGUCGCGCUGGCCGCCGCACGCGCUGCUCAAGGAGGCCGAGCUGGUCGCCGACAUGUUGAGAGUCACGCCGCUCACUGACUACCAGGCGUCAAAGGAGGCUGUGUUGGCGCAGCUGCCGCAGGCGGAGUGUAUCCACUUCGCCACGCACGUGUGCUGGAAGACACCGGGACUGAUCCUCAGUCCGGGAGAAGUUGUUGACUCUCAAGCCAAGCGGCUCCUAAACUCGAGCGUCGGCAGCGGCGCCGCGGAUACGUCGACUGAAAAUGAAGAUGAAAACGCAGAUCUACCGCAGAGCAACGAGGAGCUGCCGCCGGAGUCGGAGUACAUGCUCACCGCCGCCGAAAUCAUCAACCUAAAACUUUCAGCCAGACUGGUGGUGAUAUCAUGCGCCCCAUCCAGCGCCAUACUCCACGAUUCAGAAGAUUCCAACGACGUGUCGUUAGCCGGUGAAGGUGUGUCCCGGCUCUGCCGCGCGUUCCUCAUUGCCGGGGCUCAGGCUAUACUGGUCACGCUGUGGCCCUCGCCCCAGGACACCGCCACCAAGAUACUGUAUAGAGCACUCUACUCCGCUCUGCUACAGGGCAGCAGAAUUGCUAAGGCCCUAGGUGACGCGAUGCAGACAGUCCGUCAUACGCUGCACUUCGCGCACCCGGCGCACUGGGCGGGUCUGGCGCUGCUCGGCGCCAACGUGCGCCUCAGCAACAAGGUGGCGCUGAUGGGCCAGGCGCUGUGCGAGCUGCUCGCCACGCCAGAUAAGUGCCGGGACGCGCUGCGAGUGUGUUUACACCUGGUAGAGAAGUCGUUGCAGAGGAUUAUGAGAGGUCAGAAGAACGCGAUGUACACCACCCAGAAGAGUAUUGAGAACAAGGCUGGUACUGCCACGGGCUGGCGGGAGCUGCUCAUGAGUGUUGGGUUUAGAUUCGAACCAGCAGCCAAUGGAAUUCCGUCGAGCGUAUUUUUCCCACAAAGUGAUCCCGAGGAGAGGUUAACACAGUGCUCCGCUAGUCUACAAGCUUUAUUAGGUCUGACUCCAACGACGCUGCAGGCUCUAUCCAAGCUGAUCGCGAACGGCGACGUGGCGGACGACAUAAUCGGCGUGAUUCGGGCCGUUAUCACGCAAUUCGCCGGCAACGCCGCCGACAACGAUGCCAUUGACGUCGCCGUCAACGUCAGGCUAUGGCGCGUAAAUGGGUGCCACGAGCUGCUGGCGUCACUAGGCUUCGAUCUGGCGGAGGUGGGCCAGGACGAGGUGACGCUGCGCACGGGCAAGGCCGCCAACCGCAGGCACAUACACUUCGUUCUGCAGGCGCUGUUGGCGCUGUUCGACACCCAAGAAGCCCCACGGAGUCUGAGCCUGGAGUCGAGCUCGAGCGUGGAGUCGCUCGCGUCCAUCGACGACGGCGACCUCGAGCAGCACUCCGACGGCGAGCAGCCGCCCAGACAGAUGAGACAAGAAAGCGUGUCGUCGGUGCCGCCGCCUCCCCUGCCGAUCGGUUCUUGCGGCGGCGCGUUCACGAUGUACGUGCGCGGCGGCGCGGCGGCGGAGGUGGGGCGCGGCGAGCCGGACGGGCGCACCGCCCCGCCCCCCGCACCGCCGCCCCCGCGCUACCGCGGUGAGAGCGACGCCGCCUUCACGCCCUCCCCGCCCGCCGCACCCCCAGCCCCCGCCCCGCCGCGCGACGUCUCCCUCGCCCUCGCGCACCAGACCAAGAUCAGGACGCUCUACACCCGGCGCCCGCCCUCCACCGACGACUCCGACUGGGAGAGCUCGGGCCACGACACGGUCCUGAGGCGGCGCCCCGACCACCCCCACCAGAGGUACCUGGACGCGUUCUACGACCUGGCGUCGUCGCAGACUCGGCGCUCCGAGGACGACAAAGCCGAGGCGGCGAUGAGCCAGCCGUCGACGUCGAAACGAGCUCCGCGCCCGAAGAUGGGCACUAGCAGCCGGGACUCGAUGGCGCAGGUCCGCCACAUGAGCGGCGAGCUGACCCCGACCAUCUCCGAGGUGUACCACGAGAGGAACCUCGGCCUGGGCCUCGCGCCGCCGCUGGCUGAGCUGCUGCUGGCUGAGGAGUCGAAGACCGAGAUGAGGGCCGCCAGCUCGAGCGAGAACCUGCUCCUGCAGAAUCUGGAGAAGCUGGGCCUGCUGGGCGACGCCAGUGAGGUGGAGGAGCGGUGGGGCGCCCCCGGCGCCGCCCGGCCCUGGCUGUCCGCCGCGCCGCUCGAGACCGACGUCCAGAGCGCGGACCUCACCACCGCCGAGAUCAUCGAGCGGAAAAACAAGUUCAGAAAGGACUCCGACCCCAAGAGCAAGGAGGAGAGCGCGUACGAGCUGAAGCCGAAGGAGGAGGCGCCGGGGCCGAGCGGCAUCGAGAAGCGAUCCGUGUCCCCCUUCUCGGAGCUGUCUCGGCGGGACGAGGGGGACGGCCGGAGCAUCGCCGACUCCCACUCGUCGUACAAGGCGCUAGUGCUGAACCCCCGCCCGCCAUACCUACCGGAGGAGGGCGAGGCCCCCCCGAGCGCGCACGCCGAGGGGGGCAAGACCCACCCGCGCCCGCGCCGACCCCCCGUGCCGCGGACGAGGCCUGCCUACACUACGCUUGACUUUCCACCGAAUAAAUAGGAAUAGACGCGGUGUUAUGGUAAGUAUUUUUUAUGUUUUUUGUUAAAACUACCUAGUGUUUAUAUUUUAGCGGCUAUGAGU